AUGUUAUUAAUAAUUAAUAAAAUUGUUGGAAAGUUUUUUCGACGAAGUUUAAUCCAUUUUUUUAAACCGCAACGGGGUGGCGUUAAAUUUAUAAUAAGCCGGGGCCGCGCGGUUUUAAAUUUAUUGGUUGCAUUUAUUGCGUUGCGGUUAAAGCUAAUUAAAUUAAUGUUAUUUGCAAAUUCCUUUUUAAAAAAAUUUAAAAUCUAUUAUAAAAAUUGGUAUUUUUUUAUUUCGUUAAAAAGGCGUAUAUGCAAUACGGUAUUAAAAGCGGCGUUUAUGUUAAAUAAUAAAAAAUUAACUAUUGCUUUCGCGUUUUAA